GUGGCGCCCAUCGGCAUCAGCACCACAACAACACGCUGCGCCACCGCCCUGGCACGGGGACGGGAUGCAGGAUAUCGGUGCGGUUAUAGUGAACCUGCUAAGUUAAUGUUAAAUGUUAUGUACAAAAAACAGUCGUGGACAGAAUACGGGAGUGUGUCACAAAUAGCCAGCAGUAGCUUCAGCCUCGGCAGUGAACGACCAGUGAACAUAAAAAUGACAAAAAAAGGAGGCAAGAAUCCCACAGCAGGUGGUGGGAGUGAGGUGCCCGAGGAGGAUGAUGUGGGCCCGGGCUCUCCCUUCCUUGAUGACUUUGAUGAAGAGCUGUGCAUGGAGCUGGAGGAGGUUGGGAAGGAACUUGAUCGCUAUAAAGCUGAGUCAUUGAGAGUCACCAAUUCUGGGCGGAAAGAACAUCCAUCUGUUAUACAAAGAAUCUCCUCCCUUCUGGAGGACAUACCUCAGGGGCCACCCAAGGCAACCCCACCCACUAGUUUGUGUGCCACUAAAGCAAGGAGAGCUCAGACUGAGACAGUGUCAGCUGAUGUGUUUCCAGCAGCACCAGUUAGUGGUGUCACCCCUGAGAUGAAGGAAGUGAAUGAGGAGGAGAGUGAGUGUCAGCUGAAGGCACUCAGUUCCCUUAAAACCUCUUUGGUUGGCAAACUUAAGAUCAUGGUGACUCACAAGACAAAUCUUGCUCGACAAAAGGAUUUUCUCUUGAAAAAUUUUGAUGGUGACAAAACCAAAUUAAGUAAAACUCUGCAAAAGCAUUUAUCUCAGUGUAAGGAAGUAGAUAUUCAAAUACAGAAUCUUAAUGCACAAAUUACAAUGACAAGAAAGAAGAUUAUUGCUUUAAAGAGUGAAAAACACUCGGAAAUAGAAAACAAAAAGAAUAGUAAAGACAGCUGUCUUAUAAAUGAGAAACAUUUACUUCAAGUUCCCAAAGGUUUAUCUGUUAAGACAGAUGAAUUAUGUGUGAGUAGUAAAGGCAGCCUAACAGAGGACAUGUUAGGGAGCACACAGAAGGAAGAGGAAAAGAAGAGAGUUGCUGCAGAGGGUAGAAAUGAUUCUCAAGAUGGUAGACAGACUGACGUGAGACAUUGCUCCAUCCACACUGUGGUGCCACACUUACACAGUGACACUUGCAACACUUCCAAGAGUCUGCCAGUACCAGCAGAGCCACGGGAAGGUAAGGAGGAAGAUUGCUUGGCAGUGGAGAAAGUAGCCAGCACUCUCGCAAUGCACCCUUCCUCUAAGAACGUGAACACUUUGUGGUGCAAGACUUGUAACCUGUUCCUCACCAGCAUCACUGGAUACAUCAAACACCUAGAGCUGCCUGACCACCUCACUAAAGAGCAUGAGGGUGAACAUUGCCUCGACAAGUUGCUGAACUGUCCCAGCAAGAUGUACAAGGAAGGUGGAGGCAGCACUCAAGAAGCACUGGGAGUAGAGUUUAUAAAGUCUACAAAGCUGAUCUACUGUAGCUUGUGCGAGUGUCCAUUGUUAACAAGGGAGGAAGCCACCAACCACUCACAGUCUCUCCAGCACACCACCAAGUACAAGGAAUACAUAUUGAACAACACAAGCAAAGAAUUGGGCUUCCAGAAAGACAAGAUGGUGGCAUUCACUGAAUACUGUAAGAGGAGAAAGGCCACCGUGAAGGAAAACAAGCAAAAACCAGACAAUAAUGUUGAAGACCCCAACAGGAAAACAAUUCCUAAGGUUAAUGGAAAUGAGAUCAACACGGAGGCCGGGCUGAGGAAGACUGAACUACUGAAGAUAAAAAUACCUAAUAAGAAGAAAGGAGUGUGGCCACAGAGUAAAAAUAAUUCCAGUGGUCUUCAGGAAAAACCAAAAGAAGGCAUGAAGUUGAUGAAAGAAGGUCCAUUAAUGCCUCAGAAAAUCAAUGUGAAUGUCAAGAGAGAAAAGGAUGUUGUUGGAGAAGGUGCCAAGAAGACUUUGGAGCAUCCAGCAGUGAAUAAGCGACAAAAGAUUAUGAACUGACAAUCAGAUUGACAAAUUAUAAAGCAAUCUGGAUCAUUAUGAUAUUACCACCUUUAUUGAUUCCAGCAUUGUAAUCCAUUUUUCAGGCAUUAGUGGUUCUUCCAGCAGUAUUAAGAAGUAAGGAGUGUGUGUGUUUUUUUAAGAUGUUUGCUGUGAUGUUUCCCUCCACUGCAGCAUAUACUGGAAAUGUGAUACAUUGUUAAAAAAUAAGCAAUAGUGAAGCUGCAAUAUGUAUAACGACAUAAUUUGCAGAAUACCUAAUUAGCAGCCAGGAAUGACAACAGCUGUUCUCAGUAUUCUUGUUAUCAGGACUAGUUGCUCAAGUAAUGUCAACAAAAGAAAAGAACUUAAAAUUUCUUCCCUUCAAGGUUGAGUCUCCUAACAAUGAACAAGUUAUCUCACCUUAAAGAGUUCUUCCUUGUCACUGUGUCUCCAUAAUCUAGCGCAGUUUGUCAGUGGGUCUCUUGAGAGUUGACUCAGUCUCACUUCAUCAUCAGGUCUUUCAUUCCUCAAGAUUCAUUUGAAGACUUUAAUGUUUUCAUUUUUACACAUACGCACAGUUGAAUAAGAUUACCAGCCUUCUACUCCAACCAGGCUGCUAAGAUCACAACUUGAUCUAAUUUCUUCACCUUCUCUCUGCUAAGUGAGCAGGAGCAUUGUAUGGCAGGAAACAAGGCCAAAUUGUCUCUUUCUACCUAAAGUCUGAAAUCCAAGUCCUCUUGUGUCUGAGCUAAAUGUACCAAUGACUAAACCACUGAGCUGCUGAAUCCACCCCACCACCCCCUUUUUUUUUUUUUUUUUUUUUUUUUUUUUUUUUGCAAGAGAAAGUUUGCUCAUAUUUAAUGCUAAGUAAUUCACCAUGUUGAUAAAUAGUAGUUUAAGACAGACUCGUAAAAGUUUGUCUUACUGAAUUGCUCUUAUAAAAUACUACACUAAAGUAUUCAAGCUUUACAUUGUAAAGACAUGCUGCCAAUCACCACAAAUCAAGCAUUCUUCAACUCAUUUGUACAGCUUUAUGUGUAACACUCAGUUAUCAUUUCAUCUUCAUCAACUUUAUAACUUGUCCCAACAUUACAUUAUUGGAAAGAUUGAUGCAUGUAUGAUAGAUGCGAUGGGUGUAAUGAGACAGUCUCCAUUAAAAUAGAAAGUGUGAUAGUGAGUAGAGAAUGUAAUUUGAGCUUGGAAGGACAGGACUGAAUGGAGAAUAUUUUCUCUUAAUAUUACAACAAUUUUUAGGAACUUCCAUCAGAUAUAUAUCGAUAGAUUCAGUCAAGCUGAGGAAGGCCUUUAUCUCUUAAUACCUCUGCAAGCACACACCUACUUGAGAUGAUAUUAGAAAAUGAUACCAUUUGGUUAAUUAUCAGGGGAUCUACAAUCUACAUAGUGAUAGAUUAUUCUCUUUCUGUUCCAAUAUCUAUGUCAUAUCUUCUCAUAUAUUGUUGCCAAUCUCACCAAAGAAAAAAGACAUUAAUUUAUUUGGUAAGCUUCAGAUGUCUGGAAAUAUGUUUAUUAUCAUUUCUGUUUUGUUUGUAGUGUCAGCUGUACAGCCAUGGCAGCAGCACCAGGUGUUAUUUAUAAAGUAACCUUUAUAUGAUCUAAAUUAUGUGUUCCAUUAAUUUUGCAGCAGCAAGAAUGACCAGCAUUAGUAGUAUGUCUUGUAAUCCAGUCAUAACAAUCUCACUACAAAUUUGUGAUUGGAAAACUAAGCUGAUCAUUUGUUUCUGUAUAUUUUUAAAUUUUAUUUUCCAGUAGCAUUACCUGUUUACCCUUCAGGAUGUAGCAUAGAACACUCUUGCACUCCCUGCUCAGUGAAUAACUAUAGUAUUUUAAGGAAGCAAGCUCAUAGUGUCCACUAAGUUAGAAGAUUCAAGCUUUGUAGCUUUCAGUGUUUGGCAGAGUGUGCCACUCAUUGUACCAGCAAGCUCUGUGUUUUUAUUUCAUCAAGAAUUACAGAAUACCAUUUAACAGAAGACAUUUUUGUAAUGUUACAAUAAUGUAAACAACUAUAGUCAUCCUGGUAUUGCCAUAUUAUGUCUAAUUUAUAGAUAUAUUUUUAUCAUUUAAUGUUAUUAUAUUGUUUUCUUGUAAGUAUGCAGUUUGAAAUGUUCUUAGUAGUAUUUCUUCAUUACUAGAAAUUAUUGAUCAUUCCACUUGAUUUUAAGAACAUGAGGGCUAAGGAGACUGCAAAAGGUUAAUUGAUCUUACAGGAGGCAGUUCCUUAUUGUACAUUUUUCAUUGAUAAAAUAUGUUUAGGAUAUAUGUAGCCGUGGCAUUUGUAGAUUAUAAGGUGCUGUAUUAUGAUACUUGAAUAAUUGGAUAUUGAUAAUUGUACAUGAUGACUAAUGUCUGUUUCCAUGCCUUAAAGUGUCAGAUGAGGUUGCUCAACUUGUGUAAUGGCUGGUCUGGUAUCCUGUGUGGUGCAUUCAUGAUACAUUGUAUAGAUACACAUAGUAUCAGUGAGACAAAAUAGUGCUGUACCUUCAUAAGUAAGAAUGCAUACUCAUUAUAUGCUGGACAUGUACACAUGUGUUCAUUACCAUUGUGUUCAGAAUUGUUUUUCACUUUAGGGAUUAUGUAGGUGACCUCAUACAGGGGAAUGUUUUGCUGAGUACCUCAUCCUUCUCUCUUGGCCAAUUUUAUAUAUAUAUAUAUA